GCUGCGCACCAGCGCGGCCAAUGGACGCAUUACCUAUCGUCGCUGUGGACGGGGUCGAGGGUAUCGCGUAGUAGCGAGGCGCUUUUCUAUCAUGGCGAAUCCGAGGAAAUUUAGCGAGAAGAUCGCUUUGCACAAUCAGAAACAAGCUGAAGAAACGGCGGCGUUCGAGCAGAUCAUGCGUGAAGUGAUGGGGGCAACCCGAAACAACCAUGGGCAAGACAAUAUGCAGGGUUAUGCAACUUCAUAUGACAGCUCUUACAUCCAGCAAGCCGCCAAUGGGGCAUACUCAAAGCACCAGCUCAGCAUCUCGCCUUCCCUGGGUGCCUAUCGGGGCGGCUCAUUGCCGAAUGUGAACCAGAUGAGUGGAGGGCCGGCCCACAGCAUCGACCUACAGGGGGCACUCAGUCACCUCGAGGACAUGCGCCAAGGCCGCGAGGCAUCUGCAGUACUUCCUGACCGACCACACGUGCGUGAACGGGGUCGUCAUGCCACUGCUCCUCACAAAGGCCGACAAAUGGCCUUCGACAAGCGUGCCGACGUGUCUCCAUACAGCUCGUCUCUCUACCUUUCCCCGCCACCUGACACCAGUUGGAGAAGGACCAACUCGGAUUCAGCACUGCACCAGAGCGCACAGACUCCUCAGGAAAAUUUUCCCGGAGUUGGGCCUGCUUGUGGGCAGCGCAGAGGUACCGACCCAGUCACAGCUCGGGAAUUGGACCAGAUGUACCGUGACUGUUCCGCACGAGUUGAUGGCUUUGGGCAGGAGAUCAUGGGUAUGCAGGAUAUGAACAGCAUGGCCAUGGAUGGAAUGAAUAUGAAGAGUUACUGGGACCCAAAGGGAGGAGGGGGAGGUGACUGCUAUGGGAACAGCCUUUCCAGUAUGGGAUGUGGAAUUUCAGCCCAGCAGCAUCAGCAACAGCAGCACCGACCAAAGUCCUGUGAUGUCCCUGGAAUCAAUAUUUACCUGCCCCAGGAUGAGAGCGGCGACGGGGUAACAUUGGCAGCCAGCAGCCCCAAUGCAGCAGUGGCAUCUCCUCAGGGGGCAGGGGGACCCAAUUCUGGAAGCCUUCAGGCACCCCCCAUGGGCAACGGCAACACGGGAUCGCUGCCUGACCUGACCAGCCUGCACUUUCCGCCCCCUCUGGCUACCCCACUCGACCCCUCGGAAGAGCUUGCUCACCAGCAGCAGGGAGCCAGCCCGGGGCCACCGUCUCUGCCGCCCCUGCACCCUGGUUCCCCGGGCUCCCCGCGCGGCUGCACGAGCCCAUCGGGGGGCCGACAUGCGAGCCCCGGCCCUGCUCCGUCGCCGUCAUCGCGGCGCCGGGCGCACCAUAAUUCGACAAGCAUGGUGCUGGGCUCGGGCGGUCGCCUGCAUGGCCCCAGUGGGCAGCAGGCUGCCACGGCGGGGGCACCCCCCGGGCAAGUACGUGCACACUCCCCCCUGCACCGCCGACACCACCGACCCCACCCACCCCGGAUCACCGUUGAGGGCCUUACCAUGGACACGAACGCGCUUUCCUUGGAUGGCUAUGGGGGUAGUUCCCAACAAGCGCAGCAGCAACAGCAGCAACAGCAGCAGCAUCAGCAACAGCAUCAGCAGCAGCAUCAGCAGCAGCAUCAGCAGCAGCACCAGCAGCAGCAGCACAACCAGCAGCAGCAGCAGCAUCAGCAGCAGCUGGGCUACUACCCACCCCAUUCACCACAAGUUCUGGGCCACAAUCCCGGCUCUCCUCUGGGUUAUCCCCCCUCAUCACCUACCCUAUCCCAAACGCCAGCCAGUCCUCGGCCGCGGCAAUUGUACCAAGGCGGUGCACCACCUUCCGAGCGGUCGGGCAGCGCCCCUGCAUCCCCAGUCUCUCAUGGUGCACCAUCUCCUGUGUCUUCUCCGAGUGCGGUGGGCAGUCCGUACGGUGCUGGUGGCUACCGGACAGGCUCUGCCCUGGGCAGCACAUCACCCUUGCAGCAGCAGAUGGAACAGUUCCGGGUUGCAGCCGGCAGCACUGAUGACUCUGCUUCUCCCUCUGCCGUUGCAACGCAAAACCAAUACUUUGUGAUGCCUGAUGGGAGGUACUGCAGCAACCCAAGCAUCCCAACCAGUGCUUCCUCGGGAAGCGUGUUCUUCCCGGACAUGGGUCCAGGGUCAGGAAUGGCUGGCGAUGCCUUAAGCUGUUCCAUGCCUUACUCUCACGACUCGCUGUAUUACACGGGUGAAUUGCAGUACUCGGCAAAAACGGCUGCCAGUCCUUCGAGUGGAGCACCGCAAACACCCCAGACACCUACCAGCAUCCCUGACAUCAUCCUAACAGGGCCUGGCACGGAUGAGGCAGCUCUGCUCAAAGGGGCGCUGCAGCAGAGCAAGGUGGAUGGCCAAUCUCUGGGCUCAUUCGACUCAGCUGACCUGUUCUCCGCAGAGGAGGCCCUCCGCGCAGGCCUUGACCCUAUUGACAUUGACGGCCUGCAGAUCCUGACAGAUCCUGACAUGGCGGUGAUCAGUGACCCCGCCGCUGAGGAAGCCUUCCGCCUCGACCGGUCGUAGUGGUCGCCACAGCUAUGGCCGCCCCAGGAAGAGGAAGAGUACGAGGAGGAAGAAGAAGUGCUUAGGGCGCCAGAGACUCCGCGGGCGCAGCCAGAUGCGGGGCGAGCCACGGCUAGCGAAGACCGCCACGAUUGAACCGAGGACACACACAGACCUUGCACACCCUCCUUGCCUCCUGCGCUCUCCCUGUAUCUCUUAUUGUCAUGCUUGACUUGGGAUGUUCUUUCCACCCUCCCCAUUUUUAUACCCAUGUUGGUGGCACUUUUGCGUGCUCUUGCCUACAACCGGAGGCCAGCUUGUUUGUGUGGGAGGGAGACCACCAACAUGUGCAGAGCAGUCCAAAGCAAGCCAACUGCUGUAUGCCGAACAUAUAAUGACUGUGUGCUAGGCAUAUGUUUCGUCUUGACAAAAUUCAUUAUUGGUCCUGCUUUGACUGCUAUUGACCGGUGUACCUUCGGUUGGUGGACAAACUUCUGGCGUUGGCAUCCCUGCGUGACUUGCAUGUUUGUGAUUUCAGAGGGCAUGGAGCGUGUGAAGAGGGGAAUACAGUGCUUUUGGUGCAGCAAGGUGAAUAUUGGGUCUCGGCAGUGUUCUGAAGGAAGCACGAAAGGCAUUUGCCCUCCUGUUUUUCUCCAGAGUGUCUCGCUGUUUGCGGAAAUCUUGGGAUCACACACAGUCCUGUCUAUGUGUCUGCAGACAGGGCAAACUAAUGAAAGUCUGGCAAGCACCCAUUUGCCCUGUGCAAUCAUAGGCAAGGUUUCUCUUCACAUUAUCCGGGAAAGUGGGGUUGGCACCCACUUGGGCUAAUUGCACCUGAGAUGCCACUGUGAGUUCGCAAGAUACAUCUUUUUUUCUUGCUUUUGCAAAUGCUGUAAAUAGCAGCCGGGACAAGGGGUGGUUGCCUUGAUGGCCUGAUGCUAUGACCUCCUAGCAACAGUUUGUGGCACAUCAGUCUCUGCUUUGUCACAGCGAUCACUGCUAAUGUUGUUCAAAGGCAGUGGCAAUUCCCGCUCGUAGUGCAUCGAUGAAAACAAGUGGCAUUAAUGCACCAAGCUUGCAGCUUCGGUGCAAUGGUGAUACCGAGCAGUUGUGCCAGGCUUCUUUGGGCAGUUGUGGCAUUCCAAGCCCCAUUUUAUCAGCGUCCAUUGAAGCGGGCAACAGCAGUCAGUAAGUGUGUGCCCACCUACCUUCGGACUGCGGCAGAGUCACCAGACAGCUCUCAUAGCACUUCAGGAUACAAAGUUGUUUUGUACAGUAUGAAUUUGUUUUGAAAGCUGCUUAUUUGUCCAUCCGAAAGCCUUAGCCCUGUGGCAGUGGCAGGCGGCAAAAUCGACGCUCAGUGGGUUUCUUUAGAGCCACAUUGUUUGUUGUGUAAAUAUAUACGAGACGAAGGUUUUAAGUCUGAUUACCUCUUUAUUUUUGUUGUUAUGGUGUGGCGUGCACACAUGCCCAAAGCUCUUGCUCUUUUUCUUUUUGGCAUACUGAUUAUUAAAUGGGGAUUCAGGUCUCAGCAUUGAGAAAUCAUGUAAAAGAUCGAACUUUUUAAAAAUGGAAAUGUUGCUACUUCAGAGUACAUUCAUCCUCAUCUUCAUCAAUGUUUCUCAUGUUAUACAUCAGUAUUUGAUCUGUAAUGUUAACUUGUAUAGCAUUUUCGUUCUUUCAUUUCCUUAAAAUGCCAAUUUCUGACCCAUAGUAACCUGUAAGAACGGUACCUUGACAUCAGUUUCAGCCAGCACAAUAUAUAUUUCUUUCAGAAUGCAGUAUAAUGGGCAGACCACAGUACGUUGUUAUUGAAUUCCCUAAUAUCUAUGUUCAAGGUUUUUCUACUGUGGCAUUUCCUAUGAUGAUAGUGUAUUUAUGUUAGGACUGCUGAGCAUCAGUGUGUUAAAGAAUCUAAGUGUUUUGAUCUGAUAAGUGCUUCCAUCAUUAUGUUUCCAUGUUUCCAAAACAGUUGACUUCCGUUAAUUCGACCCCAACAGGACUGAUAAAAUUGAUCGUAUUAUCCGGCGGGUCUUAUUGAACAAGAAUUAAAAAAAGGUCAUCAAAACGCAUCACUGAUUCAUUUGACAGUAUUAGCCUGACUCUAACACGCCCCCGAGUCAAACGCGCAUCCUCUUCCUAUGCGUACAAAGUAUAAAUAUAAUGUAGAGAUAAAAAUAAAGCUCCUAAACAAAGUAGAAAUCUAAUGUGCACCCGAUAUUUUAGCAAGAAAAAUGGGAAAGAGUUUAAUAUGUGUUGCACAGCGGCGGCCGGUUUCCUAAAGUCUGCUUUGCCGCAAUGCAGCCAUGUUAUGCGGCAAAUCAUACAAAUGCUGCAAACGCAGAUUUUAGUCAAAAUUUCGCGGGGGAAAAAAUAGCACUUGUUAAAAGCAGGUAAUUAUCAUAAUUAGCCAUUGUGAGCCACCGUUAUUGCAUGGAAAUCUUGCUAAGGCAAGCCAAAAACGCGUUUUCGACGAAAGGUGACGUGUGUUGUGGUGACCGUCCCCUAUGCUCAGCCGAGACAGACGCUGCCAGUAGAGGAGUCGCUAUUGGGGCCACCAUAUCGGUCAGGCGCAUGCAUGCUGACUGGUCACAUUCAAAUUAUCUGGCAAAGGCCACUUUUACUAUUGAAAUAACGAUAGUUUGGGCCCAUAGAAAUGCAUGGAUGUUGGCUGAGACCUUCGGUCGGGAUCAAAUUAACCGAAAAGUCGAAUUAACUGGAGUCAAAUUAUUGUAAGUCUACUGUACUAGUGGUUCUUAACCUUUUACCUGUUGUGGAAGAACUUGAUGCACUCUGUAGUCAUUCAGGGGCUCACCAAUUUUAGUAUGGCAGUUCGGCUGUUUGUAUGAUUGCAGGCUGUAAAAACCUUGGUAUAAUGAAGUUGAAGGGGGAGCCAAAAUUAUUUCAUUACAGACAUUACCCUGGUAAUCAUUUGCCUUCAUGGCCAUCAUUGUCUGCUAAAAGGGGGAGGUAGUUUCCUUUGGUUAAGCCAAUGCAAAUGCAGCAGACCCCACCACGGAUGGUGAAAAAUUGAAAAAAAGAGCGCACAUGUUUAAAUUACCGUACUUGCAUGAUUCUACCCUGCCUCCGACUGUAACGCGCAGUUAUAUUACCGCCCAAAUAUUGAAAAAAAUAAUUUAGUGCCGAUUCUACCGUGCACAUCAAGUAACGAAACCCAAGUUGACGCGUACCGUGUUCAAACAACUUCAUGAAACGUACAAAGGCACACAGACACGCACCCAGCUGUAUCUUUGCGGCUAGUUGCUAUCGGUGUCCGACGACACCGCCUUUUCGCUGUCUACCAACCACAGAAAGUCAUCUUCAUUUCCGUCUAAUGCAUUAGAAAUGCCACACGUACAGCAAAUUAGAAAAUGGCGACGGCAAACCAAUGCAUAAACUAACAACUUCCGUUCGAUGGCAGUGUGGCUAGUUACCUUGCAUUAAGCUUUCAUUUUUAGUAAGAAUUGGUUUCGUUUUUUAUUUUUAGUACAGUUGGCUGCGAUUGUAAACGCAUGCCAACUUGAACACACUUUUCAUUCAAAAAGGGUGCACGGUAGUAUCGUGCGAAUACGGUAUUCUUCCAGUGCAAACCAAUAGUCCUUUAUCGAAUAGCCACCUCUCAGUUUAGUGGAGUGCUUUUACUUUGAUUUCUCCAAGAAAGCAAAAGGAUUUUUUUUAGAGUUUAUUGACCUAAAGUCCUUCCAUACACGUUUACACUGACCUGGUUAAGUACUGCCAAGUUACCCUUCUCCGCGCUCUUGCUCAUCCCCUCGGCUUUCGGCAUUGAGCGGAACCUUUGUCGUCUCAGCUUCUUGUUCCUAGCAGAAGAUAUGUCAUCUGCCAUUUGCUACUAUUGUGUCAAGGUGCGAGUAUGCAACAUCAGUGAAAGCAGAAACUCUGGAAGCAGGAAUUGCGGAAGCGGAACUGCUGCAAGUGACAAAUUGGAAAGUGGUGACAUACAUCAAACGUCGGCACUGCUUAGCAAAAGGAGGGGUGAAGCUUGUAUGGAGGUGCUUUAGAUUGGCCUAUUAGCAACUUGCAUAAAAGAAUGACAAAAUGAAACUGAAGAAAUGCGCUAUAUUUAAUUAAACCUCAUCUAAAAUUGAGAAAAAUAGCCAUCCACUGAAGGAUACUGUGGUUUUUGGGUUAUGCUUCCUUCUGGUGCUAUCAGCUAAACAUGGAAAACUGAUGUCAGUAUCCAUUUUGUCUCCUACUUGCCAUAUUCGUGCGUAUUACUCACCCCUGCAUGAAACCUGUAUUCCCAGUUGCAGCCCUCAGAUAAUAAUAAAAGGACACCUUCAAGUAAAACUUGUGCCAAUAACUGCAUGCAAGAGCACCCAACUAUUUCUAUUAAAAAGAAACUUGGCACAAUUUUAGGCAGAAUGCAAAACAAUUUUGUUUUGUGCUACUAGGGUUUUGUAUGCAUGUCACAGCAGCAUUGCCGUGCGUUGCCAUGAAGCUGGACCUUGAUAAAAAUUUGUACCUACAACCCACACCCCAAUGUUGUACUUAAGCAUCUUGAACCUUUGGUGUAGGUUGUAUGAGUGAAAAUGCAGCAUGUUUUUAUCUGUGGUGUUGUACUGUAGAAUAGCUGCCACAGAAUGUCUUUAAUGGGAGAGGCAGUUUUACACAGCAGUGUAGCAAAGAGGUAACUGUUUAUAGUGAGAUUAAAAUUUUAUUUCAUGCAAUAACAUUGGGGCAACAAUCUUUGCAUAAACAUCACUGCAAUCUGUCCCUAUAGCUUAUUUUAAUGGUAUCUAUGCCUAGUGUGUACAUGUUGCAUGUAGAAAUGUAGCAUUUAUAUUGAUGACAUUGUGUCAUUUUUGUUAUGGCUACACUGUAAGUUGAACACAGUGGCUAUUUCGUUGUUGUGAUAGCCUAGUCUUUAUCACAUCAUUAACCAUUUAUGGUGAAAUUUCAGUAUUCAGACACCACCACUAUUUGAACAUUUUCAUUGUACAUCAUGGUUUGUUUCACAGCAGACUUUUUUUCUGUUAAGUUUUUUACAUUUAUUACAUGCAUGUGUGUACGUGUGCAUUGUCACGCACAAUCACUAAUUGUUCUCUUGCAUCAGUCAUUUUAUGAUAAAUCUCUAUUGACAUUAGUCGAUACGGGGCAUCUUCACAAUGCUAUUUGCAUGUUUACACACCUGAUCUCUGCUAAAGUGUUCUACACAGACAUGAAACAAAAUUGCCUAAAAUACAGGCUCACUGUACUUACUGAUCAUGUAAAUUUGGUUGUGCUUAUUUGUAGAGGCAAAGAUUCUUUGAGAAAUAUUGCAUGUCAGCCUCGAGAAGUGCCAAGUAGUUGUGCCUUGGGAGCUUUUCUGGUGACUCUGCACGUGUAUGUGCUACCGAUGCUGCAAUUGGUAAACUUAAAGUGAAGCUGUGUGCAGAAAAUGGAAAGUGUUAAAUGAUAGCAUUAUUGUCGAAACUGUGUUUUAACAGCUAUUUCUGUUAGCACAGUACUGAGGCAUAUUCUGUUCAAUUUCUGCACUGAAAACGGCUAGGCUUCCGUGCAAGCAUUUACACUUGUGCGCAAUGGGCAUGUGCAAUGAUGAACUCUUCGUGGUGACACUCGGCUUAAUUUUGGCUGCACAAAUUUCUUUAUUUGUUUGUUGCUGUAGAUACUAAAGUUCUUUAUUGUCAUCUAGCAUUCCAAGCAAUGUUUAAGAGUUACGGCCACGAAAUUGAUGCCCCUAAAAUCUUGCCUGCUUACACAGUCGAGCCAACAAAAAUUAUGGAAGAAGCACUUGUUGAAUGCACAUUUCUGGAGUUAUCUUUGUGGGAGGCUUGUUAUUGCUGUCAAGGCUUCUUCACUGUGGCAAUUUGGGAGCACUGAUGUGGUUUGUACAAAAAGCAAGGACAGGUGUUUGAAGCAGGCAGGCAGUGUGCUGGUCACUGUACCAUAGUGUUGGCUCCAUCCGGGAGGUUUUGCAUUUGAGUGAGUUGCUUAAUGGCAAGUGAUGGGAAGCAGCAUUCAGAGCUUGAAGAAAGAGGCAAUGGUGUCACAUUCAGCCGGCACAAGUCUAAAUGCAUUUGUUGGAGGACUUGGACGCUUGGUCAAAGGAGUCCUGGGUGUUCCUUUUGUGAUGAGGUCCUUGCUUUCCACGUGUCAUUCUCUUCUUGUGCCCCUGGCCCAAGAUUUUCCGCUUGAGGCACUCGUGAACAGGUUCUUGUUAACAGGUGCUUGUGCAUGCAUCUUUUCUAUUUCAGUGAUGGAGGGCAACAUGCGCACUGUCGCAGGGACCGAACAUACCUCUUCCUUUCUGCACCCAUCUCUCCUGCUAUUCAUGAGAAAGGAGAAGGAAUGAUGAACGAUGAUGUUUUGUUUUGCUGUACAGUUUCACUAGCUUUUUUUUUUUUUACACUUCUCUUUCUAGCUCUCUGUAUUUCGCCCUCCCUUCUCGAAAGUAUCAUUUCUUGGUGCAGAAUUUUGUGUGUGCAAUGUUUCAGAACCAUGGGUCAUCGCAUUCCCUGUCGUCUCAUUAUCAGACGUUUUUGUAGUGAACUUGUGGCCAUUCGCAGAAAAUGAGUGCCCACCACAUUGUGGCUAAGGCUCAGUUGAAGAGGCUUCUCCUGCAGGCUUGAUUUAUGCGAAUGGUUUGUCAGGCAGCAGUGAUGUUAGGAGAAUAUAGUUAAAGAACAAAAACGUAAUGAACUCUCUUGGGACAGUAAUAAUACAGGCUUCAAAGCUUGAAUCACUGUGACGCACGAGAGACUGGAAGGAUGGGGAUUAUGAGCAGGAAAAUACAGCUACAGAAUUGGUGCAUCAUUAUUGUUGCAUUCCGGUCAUCAUUUGUGCUUUUCUGCUCAUGUGAAAGUGCAAAGUGUUGUUUAUAGAACUCGAGGUGUGUUUUAGCAAACAAAAAUGCAGUGCACUUGGUAUAGUGUGACCACAAUCACAACCCUGCUGUCUAAAGUUCCACAUCUCGGUUUGUUGCUGUCUUGCCUGGCAGCAUUCUCAAGUGUGCUGUGGGCAUUGACACAGGAGGAGCCUGUGCAUGCUGCAGCCAAGCCAUGGCCGCAUGUUUUUGUAUAAUACUGUACAGCAUAAACAGGAGCCCGCAUUUUUCUUGCGGAAACAAACUGCCAUACUGCUCCCCCUCUGACUUGGUGUAGCGCAUCUGACACCAGAAAACGGAUUCGAGUGCCGUGUGUGAAAGCAAUCAACUUGUAAAAAGUUUUGUUUGUUCUUAUUGUGUUUUUUAAAAAAUAUCUCGCCUUUUCUCUCGGCCCUUGGUUCUUGUGGCCACUCGCCCAUACUUUUGCGAGUGUUCAGUGCGCGAUGUCUUGUUCGUUGACGUUUGUUGACAUAUAACGGCUGCCUGUUCUUUCACCCACCCCUCUGCCGUCGUUUUGUGACCCUCCCGGGACGCUGCGUGUGAAUGGCACCGCCUGGACCACACACAUGGUCGCCGUUCAAAGAGCGCGUCGCUGCACCCUUUGUUCGGGAUUCGUUAGCGUCUUCUUGCCAAGUUGUCUGCUCAAGAUAUUAUGUUGUUCGUGUUCGUAAUGGUUUUAUCAUUUGUACAGUGAAUCAUUAUCAAUGAAGAAAAGUUACAAAGUUUUC